AUGCCUAAGAAAGGUGGCAAGAAGAACAAGAAGGGUGGCAAGGCCCCCGCCGCGGCUGAGAAGGUCGCCGACACCGCGAAGCCUGUCGUUGAGCCUGGCCAUGAGGCUGAGGACCUCGCCAAGUACGGUGAAGGCAAGGCCGAGUCAAUUGAGAAGACCGAAGCUCCUGAGGCUGCGACGCAGGAGGCCGCAGGUGCCGCUCCCGACCUGAGCAGCAAGGCCCCGUCUGCAGCACCCGCUGCUCCGACUGAGGUGAAGGAGGCCGAGAAGGAAACCGAGAAGGUUAUUCCAGCCGCGACAGAGAAGAAAGAGGAGGGUACGGUGCAGGAGGCAGUGGACAAGGCGCAAGCCUCCAAGGCCGGCCAGAUUGGCAAGCUCGAUGGGGGUGAUGGCGAGGGUACCGCCGUGCUGCCCGAAGCCACCGCCAAGGAGUCGACUCUCGCCCCCGAGGCCUACCCCUCGACUUCGGAGACCGCCGCCGAAGAGUCUGCGACCUCGACGGCCGCCACGACCGGUGCCGCUCAGCUGCCUGAGCGCCCCAAGACCGCGGAAUCGAAUAAGGCUGCGGCCACCGAACUCGCCGCCACCCCAGCCGAGACCGAGGCCGCGCAUGCGAAGCGCCCGUAUGAGAAACCCAUCUUCGCCGAGGACAACCUGAAGCCGCACAAGAUCGCCAAGACCGAGGAGGAGGAGAAGGAGGCCUCCGCUGCUGCCGCGGCCGACAAGGAGGUGGUGACCGGUGCUGGCCCUGCCUCGACUGCCGCGCAGGCUCCGGAACCGGUGCCCGUCACGGAGGCGAAGAAGGCGGAAGAGAAGGCCCCCAAGGCCGCUGCCCCGACCACGACAGCCGACGGCAAGGCGUCUCCCGACGCGGUUGCGGCGGCCGCCGCUGCGAUCAACUCCUCCAAGGCGGACAAGGCCGCUGCCGCUCCCGUCACGGAAGCGGAGCCCAAGAAGCCCGAGGCGGCGCUGAAGCGCGGCGAGGAGCCCCAACCCGAAGCCCAGCCUGAGCCGGCCCAGCAGCCCGCCAAGGAAGAGCCCGCGAAGCCCAAGGAGGAGGCGAAGAAGGAAGAGCAGAAGAAGACGGAGGCCGCAGCAGAACAGCCCGAGCGCAAGAAGGGUGGGUUCUUCUCGUGGCUGAAGCGCAAGUUCAAAUAG